CCUGGCCGCGCGGCCUGGCCCCGGACGUUCGUCAGCAUGGCGGCCUCCUUACUGAAUGCGCUGCCGAGGCGGGUUGCCAGCUUUUUACCUUUCCGGAGUGCCUAUGGAGUUCAGGUUUCUCUCCAGACACUCUGCACCAAAGCCCCCCCUGAUGAAGAGUCUUUGCCCCCGGCUCCCGUCUCGCCUUAUGAGAAUGAACCCUGGAAAUACCUGGAUUCAGAAGAAUACCAGAGCCGCUAUGGUGCUCGCCCUGUGUGGGCCGACUACCGCCGCAACCACAAAGGUGGCAUACCGCCACAGAAGACUCGGAAGAUGUGCAUUCGUGGAACUAAAGUUGCUGGGAACCCUUGCCCGAUCUGCCGAGAUCACAAGUUGCAUGUUGACUUUCGGAACGUGAAGCUCUUGGAACAGUUUGUGUGUGCCCAUACGGGCAUCAUCUUCCAUGCUCCAUACACAGGGGUCUGUAUGAAACAACACAAGAUGCUGACCCAGGCCAUCCAGAAAGCCCGGGAUCAUGGUCUCCUCCGUUCCAACAUUCCCCAGGUUGAACCCCGUGACCUGGAUUUCAGUACUUCUCACGGAGCUGUGAGUGCUACUCCACCAGCCCCCACCCUGGUUUCAGGAGACCCCUGGUACCCGUGGUACCACUGGCAACAGCCUCCAGAGAGAGAACUCUCCCGCCUGCGCCGGCUCUACCAGGGCUAUCUCAGAGAAGAGACUGGCCCCCCGCCUGAGACAAUGCCCCAAGUGCCCCCCCCAGCUCCGACCGAAGCCGCCUCCACGGAGCAGAUGGAACCCCAGAGUGCUCCCUAGAAGCUGCAGUUGACUAAGGGGAGGCUCUGAGACUGGGACCGUGUCCCCUGAACAGUGGUGGCUGCUUUGUGGCCAGUGGCAGGCCCUGGGCCAGAGGAAGGGGGGGGGGUGUUGAAGGGAUGAGAUGCCCCCAAGACUGGAGGAGGGGCUUCUCCAUGGUGAAGAACUGGGUCGAGCAUUCUGUUGCUGGCAGACUGCCUGCUCAGCUUCCCUAUAAUAAAGCUGUUUGUCUCUCCUG